AUGCGCACACGUGUGUACAGACACUCCUCUCGUGCGCACACGUGUCCCACAACCAGUUGGCCACCAAGACGUGGAAGGGGAGUGACACAUAAAUGCGCGGAGUGAGGCCUUCACCACUUAAGCCCAGCUUGUGGCUCCCCUAGUCUGGGUCUACCUAUUCAACUAUUGCUAAAUGCUAGCUUGCUAGCGGCUAGAAGAUUUUUUAUAUUUUAUUUUUUUUAUUUAAAUAAUUUAAAAUUACAUAGUAUGUUAAUGAUGUGACUCAAUUAUUGUAUAGUAAAUCACACAAAUUUAAAAUUUAUAAAACUAGAAAAUACGAUUUUUUAGAUAUUUAGAAAUAUUUCUGAACAAAUAUAUCAAGUAUAAUUCAAUAAAACUUCAAAAAAUAGCGGUAAUUUUCCAAGUCGAUCACAGGGAUGUAAUAUAAUAUCUGGUAAUUAUUCAGAAUUUUCUGAAAAGAAUACUAUUUUCUAUGAAUUUUAUACUAAGAAAUGAAAAGGAAAUAUAUUUAAAAUUCACGAAAAAGGGAAAUAAGGGUGCGGACGUCAGGAUGACAUCAACACCCGGCAAAUGCAAAUUUGGCGGAAACAAAGUUCCGCCUGACAAUUCUUACGUAAGUGAUUACAGACGAUCUAAUUGAUCAAAUUAAGAUCUGUAAAAGCCGAAAUAAUCAUAAUAGAAUGAAGUAUAUCUUGGUAAAUUUAAAAUCAACAAAUUAUCACUAAAUGAAAUGGAAAUUAAGUAGAAAACAGGAAAACAGAGUUCCGACAUCACGGCAGCAAUGCGUCGGUGAUGCACUGGAAUCUUGAGCGUUCGGGAGGAUCGUCAUGGGGUAUCCACGGCCUCGAAGGCUCUCCUUGGACAACGACGACGUGGGCAAUCUCUAGAUCUCCUUGCGAAGUCUAGAGAUCAAUGAAAUGGGUCGUCGAAUUGUCUUCGGUGGCUGUCACCCGAAAGAGAGGAGCUGAAUGGAGGUGGGGCGUGUGUUAGGGAGCUUCAUCCUCAGGUCCGCACAGCAAGAGGAGGCUCUUCAUCGCAUCUGGUAUGCUCUCAAGAAGUGGCGACUCGUCUCCCGGCGGAUCGUCCUCUUCCCGACGAUGAUUUGUUCGUCAAUCAAUUGGAGAUGCUUUACUCAAUGGAUUCGCGAUCCUUUUAUCGCGAAUCGUUCAACAAUUUUAGUAACAAUGCUCCGCGAAUCGCGUUGAUGAGAUUUUCGCUGAUGAUCCAACGAUUCUGGUUGCUUAAUCCUUCAUCGGCGAUCUACAGGAAAGUUGCAAUAAUUAGUAAAAACAAAUAUGAAUUUUGGCUCUGGGAGGAUUCAAACCCGUGCCAGUUGCUUGCCCUUUCACUUGUGCGUCGAAUUUUCUAGCGAAUAUAUAUUAAUAUUACAUUUCUGAUCGUCCCUUUCUCACGCAUGUACGACCACUCCUUACCCCACAACCGGCUGCCCACCGAUGAUGUGGAAGGGGAGCGGCGCACACGUGCCCCUAUUGGUCCAGGCCGCUCAAGCCCCUGCUUGCGACUACUCCCCGACUGCGCUUCCGACUCACUUGCGGGCCCAGCUGGCCAGCAGACCCCCCCAUUUUGUUUUAUGUUUAUUUUAAUUUCCUUUCCUUCAUUUAUCUCAAAAGUAAGACUGUAAAAAUUGUAUAAAAUCACAUAAUUACCCAAAAAUUCACGUUAAUCAACUCAAAAUCACUUUUCACACUUUAACAUAAAUAUAAGUCUAUUUAUCAUGAGUUAAGGCUAAAAAUAUAUUAUUUACUAAUUAUUAACUCAUGAUAAUGAAGACUUAUCAGUUAACUUCUAACUUUUAAAAUGAACAAUAUAUCUUUUUUUUUUUGCAAGUUAACAAAAUAAAAUCAAAUAAUAAAACUAAUUGAAACACAUAAAUCUAGCUUUAAUAGUGAGCUCUUAUUAUGAGUUGAAAGUAAUAGAAGUCCUAGCCUUCAGCCCAAUAAAAAACCUAAGUCUUAUGGAGAGGCCCAACCUAAUAUGCUUAAGGGCCCAAGAGAGAUCAUCACUAUGACCUAGCCCAUUUAAACCUAAAAGGAAUAUCAAGAGAUGAGAUCUAGGCUGCCCAUCUUAUGGCACCUUAAGAUAAGAUUAAGAAGAUGAUUAAAGGGUCGUCCUCAUGGAAGAAUCUGGAUUGCUUACCAAAAGAGUUAAUUAUUAAUCAUAAUUGUCUAUUGAAGGGGCCUAAUUCUCAAAAAGAUUAAAGCAUCUCAUCCCUCUUUUGGAGGGUGCUUGAUGAACUCGAAUUGAGGUUAACUACGUCGUUGUGA